AUAUAACUUAUUAUAGAUGCAGAGGAUCUCCUGAACAUUUUUGUAUCCUCAUCUUUUCUCUUUGAAGUACUUCGAAGUACCAGCACUACUGGAGGCCACAUUAACAGCUGUUUACUUUCUUCUGUCAUAAGUCAAAAACAAAAGCAAGAAUAUGUCAUUCGUGUGAAAGAAUUACAUAUAUUUUAUUAUCAUUUUGUAUAUUUUAUCUACACGUUCUUUUUUACUUGAUGUAAACCAAAAGUAAGCGUUAUGCACAUGUUGUAUGGACAUCAAUUUCCCAUGCCAGCAGUAGUUUGCAAGCACAAAAAUUAUCCACAUAAUGUUGUUCAAGGCUGUAUCGUACACCUUUCGAAAACGUCCGCAAUCCCGUCUGAUGUCUACAGAACUUCAUAACAUGCCAAAAGCACCUCUCCCUGGAGAACCCGCAAAACCAUAUACGCUUACCGAAAUUCCUGGGCCAAGGUCAGAAGCUCUCCUCAAUGAAUUUUCUAAAAUUCAGCAAGUGGGCUCCAUCCAAUACUUCGCAGAUUAUCAGAGAUCAGUUGGCAAUUACCUAGCAGAUAUCGAUGGAAAUAUUUUUUUAGAUAUGUUCAUGCAAAUUUCUACCCUCCCUCUUGGAUACAAUCAUCGGUCAAUUUUGGGUGCCUUAUCGUGUGUUGGAAAUCAACGAAUAAUGGCAAAUAGACCAGCAUUGGGACUUUUUCCAGGUCUAGAGUGGCCGUGUAAACUUCAAGAUACUUUGCUUCAACCUUGUGUAGCUCCAAAGGGAUUGCCAUGUGUUUUUACAACCACGUGUGGUGCUUGUGCAAACGAGCAUGCUAUACAAGCUGCAUUUAUAAAAUACGCGGAGAAACUCCGUCGAGGAGGAAGUUUCACAAACGACGAAAAGAAAAGUGCCCCCUUUAAUGAACCACCCGGUUGUCCUGAAUUGUCCAUUCUAUCUUUUGAAGGAGGAUAUCAUGGUAGAACUUUUGCUGCACUGGCGUUGACACACUAUAAGUACAUAAUGAAAGUCGACAUACCGUCUCUUCCAUGGCCAAUAGCACCUUUCCCGCAGUAUUCGUAUCCGUUAGACGAAUGUGAAGAGGAAAAUAAAAAAGAGGAUGCAAAAUGCUUAGAACAAGUAGAGCAGCUGAUAGAGAAAUAUGAGAAAUCAGCACCAGUAGCUGGUAUUAUAGUGGAAGCGAUACAAUGUGAGGGAGGUGAUAGACAUGCUUCCCCCGAUUUCUUCCAUUGUUUGCAGAGCAUUGCAAAGAAGAGGGGUAUUCCCUUAAUAGUAGAUGAAAUACAGACAGGAGGGGGUGCAACAGGCCGAAUGUGGGCUCACGAGUAUUUUGAAUUAAACACACCCCCCGACAUUGUCACCUUUAGUAACAAAAUGCAAGCAAGUGGCUUCUAUCAUUCUUCUGAAUACAUGCCUCUGCGUCCGUAUAGGAUUUUUAAUACUUGGAUGGGUGAUCCAAGCAAAAUAUUAAUAUUAGAAGCGGUACUACAAACUAUUGAGGCAGAAAAUUUAUUAAAUCAUGUUUGUCAGGUCGGUAAUUAUAUUCUAUGUCAAUUGAAUACAUUACAACAAGAAUUUCCACAAAUUAUAAGCGCUGUUAGAGGUAGAGGUUUUAUAAUUGCGUUUGACCUGAAUUGUAAAAAUAUGAAACAAAAGUUGCUGCAUCAAAUACGUUGCAAAGGUAUUCAAGUUGGAGACUGUGGGACCAAAUCAAUUCGAUUAAGACCGUGUUUGAUUUUUGGAGAAUAUCAUGCUGACAUCUUUUUAGAAAAUCUGCGUUCCUGUCUACAAGAACUUUCGGAAAGCUGAUACAGUUUUAAGUGAUAUUUUAAAAUUGUAUUGUUUUAUGUAUUUAUUAAAUACGUACACUAAUAAAAUAUAUGGUUUUAUAA